ACUGUAAAUGGCCACCAGAUGUCAGCUCCUGGUGUGUUUUCCUGUAGACAUCGCUCAGGUAACCUGCUCCUCCUCACCGUGAACGUCUUUCACCUGACUCAUCACAUCAACACGGCCCACAAACCUUAUUUUAAUACAUUCUUCAUAGGUUUCUCCGCUUUUUGUCCAUUUGUCCAUCUGUGUCUCUUUCUCACACGCACACAUCAUUAAAAGACUCACACGCACACCAUUUUGCCGACGCAAAUCCUCCCUUUGCCACUCCCCUUUAUGUGCCUGGUCUUCUCGGGUAGCUCCAGUGAGUCCAGCAGGGUACAGCUUCACAGCGAGGGUCGUUUUUUUUUUUUCCUUUACUGUAAAUAUGACCCAUUUACCAUCCAGCAAUGUGUCCCGGGCUCAUUGAUUUCAGUGUGUGUGUGUGAUCAGCUGAUACCUGCAUGGUGGUGUCUUCAUCGACGCGACUGCAUCUCAUCGGCAGCCUCACUGCCUUCACCCCUGUCUGACUUGAGAAGGUGAAGCCUUUAGAAUAACACCGCUAUGAGACGAAUAACGGGGAAGGCGAAGGAUGAAACUUUGAUCGAGCUGCAGAGCGCGACGGAUCCACACACCGGAGAUGGUCCUGCAGUGUUAACCGCAUUCAGGAUAAACCUUCACUCAGAUGACCACAGUGGAAAUGGAGUCUCGUUAUCUGAAAGAGUGACGCUUCCUGGACAUGCAGAAACAGACAAACUACAACCAAACAAAGACACUGUGUUCUUCAGGGACGGAGUUCGAAGAAUAGACUUUGUGUUGUCUUAUGUAGAUGACAAAGAUGGAGAAAAGAAGCAGGAAAGGAGGAGAGAGUUCGAGGCCAACCUUGAAAAAGUAGGACUAGAGCUGGAGACAGAAGACAAAUCAGACUCCAAAGACCAAAAGACAUAUUUUUUGAAGAUUCAUGCUCCGUGGGAUGUACUGGCCACCUAUGCAGAUAUCUUAAAAAUCAAAGUUCCCUUCAAGCAGAGCGACAUCCCUCAUAGUCAGGAUGUCCCACUGGAUUGGCUCUCACGUCCUUUCCGCCUGCCAGAACACAUCAUGCGCCCGCAACUUGACUACUUUACAUACCCCUUCGACAAGGCCAAGACUGACUUCUUCCUCAUCAAUGACAAGGAUACUUUCUUCCCACCUUCCACAAGAAACAGAAUUGUGUUCUACAUCCUGGCCCGCUGCCCGUACUACAAAGAGGGUCGUAAAGAUAAAGACAAGACGGGGAUCAAGCGACUUCUCAGCAAUGGGACGUAUACAUCAGCUUUUCCACUACAUGAUUGUCGAUACUGGAAAAGAGCAAGAAAUGCCGAAUGUGAGAGUGAACGCUUCAACUUGUACAAGCACUGGGCCAGGUUCCUCUGCUUCUACAAAGAGCAGCCUCUCAACCUCAUCAGGAAGUACUAUGGGGAAAAGAUUGGGAUCUACUUCGCCUGGCUGGGCUUCUACACAGAGAUGCUGUUCUUUGCAGCCGUCAUGGGUCUCAUAUGUUUCACCUACGGAGUGCUCAGCUAUGAUGACAACAUAUCGAGCAAAGAAAUAUGUGACGCCAAUAUUGGAGGCAGUAUUGUGAUGUGUCCACUUUGUGAUAAGAAAUGCCCUUUCUGGAAGCUCAACUCGACGUGUCUCUCAUCCUGGCAAUCCCAUCUGUUUGAUAAUGAGGGGACGGUAUUCUUUGCCAUAUUUAUGGGGAUUUGGGUAACUCUGUUUUUGGAGUUCUGGAAACGUCGUCAAGCCCGGCUCGAGUACGAGUGGGACUUGGUGGACUUUGAGGAGGAACAACAACAGCUUCAAAUCCGGCCAGAGUUUGAGAUCCAAUGCACAAACAGGAGACUGAACAAGAUCACUCAGGAAAUGGAGCCGUACCUCCCCAUCACCAGCAAGUGUGCUCGCUUCUGCCUCUCCACAGCCACUGUUGUAUUCUGGAUUUCUCUGAUCGUGGCUUGUAUUAUUGGGGUCAUAGCAUACAGGCUGGCCGUCUAUGCUGCCUUUGCAAGUAUCAUCAAAGACCCAAUGAGGAAGAUCCAGGUGGUGGGGAGAUUCAUCACCCCACAGCUGGCGACGUCUGUCACCGCCUCAUGCAUCAACUUUGUUAUCAUCAUGAUUCUCAACUUCUUUUAUGAGAGGGUGGCAGUUUGGAUCACUGAUAUGGAGAUCCCAAAGACCCACCUCGAGUAUGAGAACAGGUUGACCAUGAAGAUGUUCCUGUUCCAGUUUGUCAACUACUACUCCUCCUGCUUCUACGUUGCCUUCUUCAAAGGCAAAUUUGUGGGUUUUCCUGGUAAAUACUCAUAUAUGUUUGGCACAAAGAGCAACUUGAGGAAUGAGGAGUGUGACCCUGGAGGCUGUCUCAUCGAGCUGACCACACAGCUGGUGAUUGUUAUGGCAGGGAAACAACUGUGGGGGAACAUUCAGGAAGCCCUGCUGCCCUUGAUGCGUAACUGGUGGAGUAGCAGAAAAGGACGACACCAUCCUGAGAAUCAUUACAGCCGCUGGGAACAGGACCACGUCCUGCAGAACUUCAGCCAGCUGGGAUUGUUCUACGAGUACCUGGAGAUGGUGGUCCAGUUUGGUUUCAUCACUUUGUUCGUGGCCUCUUUCCCCUUGGCUCCCCUCCUGGCUCUGUUCAACAAUAUCCUGGAGAUCAGAGUGGACGCCUGGAAGUUCACCACCCAGUUCAGACGACCGGUGGCAUCCAAGGCCCGAAACAUCGGAGCGUGGCAGGAAAUCCUCAAUGCAGUGGCUAUUUUGUCUGUUGUUACCAAUGCUUUCAUAAUGGCGUUCACCUCCGACAUGAUCCCUCGUAUGGUUUACCUCUAUGCCAUCAGUGAAGGGACCAGCAUGAGGGGCUACGUUAACAACAGCCUGUCAAUAUACAACAUCUCACAGAUGCUGGCCAACAACAUGCCGGAGGCAGAAGACGACUGGUUUGAUAACACGACUGCCACCUGCAGAUACCGUGACUACCGUUACCCUCCAGGCCACGAGAAGGCGUACGAUCACACCAUGCAGUUCUGGCACAUCCUGGCAGCUAAAAUGGCCUUUAUUAUUAUCAUGGAACAUGUGGUCUUUGUGGUGAAGUUCUUCGUGGCGUGGAUGAUCCCUGAUGUCCCGUCGGAUGUGAAGGCACGGUUUAAACGAGAACGCUACCUGAUUCAGGAGUACCUGCAUAACUACGAGGUGGAGAGGCUCAAACUCCAGCUGAGCGCAAGUUUCAUCACAGAGCCUCCGUCAGAAACUUCCCCAAUGACAGACAAGCACGAAGUCUUGUCUGACAAGCACGAAGUGUUGUCUGAGUGCCUGUAGCCCGACGCUUCACACCUCCAACUAACCAAGCCAAGGAUGGAUGAUUUUCUCCUCACUGAGAACAGCCAUAUACAAGGGCUUCUGUCUUUGGGAUAAAAACUAUAAUGCUGAAUGGACAGACUGACAUUUUAUGCCAUUAUAAAAAUGUUGUUGGAAGGUGCUAAGAUGGAAAAUGGCAGAAAUGUGCAAAAAGGAAACUUCAGCUUGUAUCAUCACCUGUGUAAUGCCUUCAAACUCUCCUUUUGUCAUGAAUGAAAACAGUAAUCUCUGUAUGUGCUGAUAGAGUUAAAGUUUGUGGUGUUGAACCUGUGACAUUAGGUGUAUGUACCCUUUAGUGCCGUGGUCAUGGUAUCACCCAUUUUAUUUUCAUUUUAUUUUUCUUUCAAGACAAGAUCUGUGUCAGUUGUUAACAUGUUUGAAUCAUUUUAAGGAUAGAUGUUAUACAUCACAUAUCCCCUUUCUGUCUUUAACUAUGAAUGUAGAAAACACUCAAAUUUUCUCCAGAAAAUUUAAAUAUAUCAAAUAUGAAACACAUCUAUACAUAUGUUUACUUCCAUUGAUCUAUAGCUGGGCUAUAAUAUUGGCAGUUUAGUGUGUUGUGUUUGGAGAAACUGUGCAUUUGAGAACCAAGUACCUCCAUCAUCAUGCUGCAGUCAGAUGAGACGUGUGGUGUUAUUCCAUCCAUUCCAGCCUGACUGCAACUGUGAUAUGUUGAGACCGAAUCUGCAGGCUCAUGUCUCCUCUUCCAAAUGAAUUUUUCCAACUUGCUGCGGGACCAAUUAUAAGAUUUCUAUCAAAAGAAGUGACUACAUGAAGAAAAUGUUGUUAGAUCUCUCGGUAGAUCUUCUGUUUUAAUACAAUCAAUUUGCUUGAGAGAGUUCGGGCUGAUCGUGUGUGUUGGCUUUGCUCCUCCUUGUGUUACUCAUGGAUAAUAAAUGGCCUAUAUUUGGUUUCAGAUUUCACAUUAUUGGUGUCUCUAUUCAGUGUAGGCAUUAUAGUCAACAAUUAUAAGCUUCAUUACAGAGAAAGAAGAACUGCUUGUACCCCGGUGGGGAUACAUGUGAGCGAUGAUCUGAGUGAAAAUAAUUACUCUGUAGCUGGUUAGUGGUGAGUUUUGCUGUAGAUAUAAAGAAUGUGAUAUCUAUUUAAAUGGGUUGUAGUGCAAUUAAUUUAUUGAUCUGCUUCCGCUUUGUAGCCUGAAGCAUUUGUGAUAGUUACUUCAUAAUCUUUUUAAGAUCAGUUUACUUAUAACUCCUUUCCUUUUUUUCUUAUUUUGUAUUAUUAAUCACCUCAUAAACAACCAUCAAGCAGUGUUAGCUCCGUUCUUUGUGUACUUUUUAUGCUAUGAAUUACUAUUUUGUCAAGGGACCAGACAAGUAACACAUUCUGAGGGAGAUGGGAUUACUUCACAGUAAAUAAAUCAUUUAUCAGAGACAGUAUGUCUUUUUUUUUUAAAUCUUCAUAAAGCUUAACAUGCAUUUAGAUUUAUGUGUUUAUAUCAAAUCUGUAAUUUCCUCUAUAAAUGAUCCAGAUGUGAUUCCACCUAUCAGCAACUUCUAUUAGACAGUCCAAAACUAAGCCUUGCUUACUCCGAUCUCAGGAUUAAACACCUUUGAAUGUUUGUUGACCAUCACUUGUUACAUUCAUACAGAUGUCAGAUGUGUGUAUGAUGUUCGAGCAUGAUCCUGCAAGGUGCAUGAAGUAUUUCCUGACUAACAAUUGCCUUAAAUGUCUGUGUUUACUUGUUUUUGUAUGAUUUUGUAAUGACGUUUCCUAUCUGAACUCAAAACCUGUCUCAUAUCAUUUGUCGCUGCUGCUAGUCAUUGUAAAGUAGCUGUUUUGUCAGGUUUGAUGUGCAUGAAUUUCUGUGAUGUAAAUAUUUGGCCAGUUAUGUUCUAAGAUCACUGUAGCCUAAUGUGCAGAAAUGCAGUAAAGCUGUUAAUAUUCACAAUAAAUCAGAAAUAACUAGUUUCA